CUCACGUAUUCGUGUGUGAGCAACAGACAACUUACAAAUAUAAUCUCGUUGAUGUACGAGAAUUAUUUUUGAUCAUUGAGUUCAGUUUUAUUUGUGCUCUUCUUCGGAAUUCUUGUGACGGUUUGAGACGCACAAUAUAUCCCAACAAAUAUGUUUGUAAAUUGUUUGAAAAAAUUGGCUCGUCGCUCGCUAACAGCUUGCAAAAAUGUGCCGUCCAAUGGUUAUGCAACUGAAGCAACGUUUACAACGCGUGACUUUAAGUUGCAUCUCUUGGAUAAUGGCCCACCAACAACCGCUGUUAUCACAAAAGAAGAAGCACUCAAAUAUUACGAACAUAUGUUCUACAUUCGGCGAAUCGAAACAUCGGCCGGUGCAUUGUACAAAGAUAAAGUGGUUCGUGGUUUCUGUCAUUUGUAUUCGGGACAGGAAGCAUGUGCCGUUGGUAUGAUCGCCGCUAUGCGACCAGAUGAUAGUGUAAUUACAGCUUAUCGAUGCCAUGGAUGGACAUACUUGAUGGGCGUUCCAGUGCAAGGUGUUCUUUCCGAAUUGACUGGCCGCGGUGGUGGUUGUUCACGCGGUAAAGGUGGCUCUAUGCAUAUGUACAGCAAAAAUUUCUACGGUGGCAAUGGAAUCGUUGGUGCUCAAGUUCCACUCGGUGUUGGAAUUGCAUUUGAAGCCAAAUAUAAAAAUAAAAAGGCCGUUUGCUUUUCAUUAUACGGUGAUGGUGCCGCCAAUCAAGGUCAAAUCUUCGAAGUUUAUAACAUGGCCAAAUUAUGGAACGUUCCAUGUAUCUUCGUUUGCGAAAAUAACGGAUAUGGUAUGGGAACAAGCGCUGAACGUGCAUCAGCCAGUGUAGACUAUUACAAGCGUGGUGACUAUGUGCCUGGCAUCUGGGUUGAUGGUAUGGAUGUGGUUGCUGUGCGUGAAGCAUCCAAAUUCGCAAUCGACUAUUGCGAUUCGGGCAAAGGGCCAAUUGUUUUGGAAACAGCCACAUAUCGUUAUAGCGGUCAUUCAAUGUCCGAUCCAGGUACCAGCUAUCGUACACGUGAAGAAAUCCAAGAAGUACGACAAACACGUGACCCAAUCACAUCAUUCCGCGAAAAGAUUUUGAACGCCGAACUAGUCACUCCAGAAGAAAUCAAGGCUCUUGAAGUACGUAUCAAAAAUGAAGUCGAUGAAGCCGCCAAGAAAUCUCGUGUUGACAAAGAAAUUGGACUUCAUGAACUUACCGCCGAUAUCUAUGCAAAUCCAAAAUUCAACGAAGAAGUACGAAACAUUUUGCCCAAUCAACCAUUGAAACAUAUUUCACUUGGAAAACCACAGAAUCUGUAAAAAGCAACUUUUAAAUUAAAUAAAAACGAAUACCAUUGUGACAGUAAUAUUGUCUGUAUUUAUAAUUUAAGACAAUUGUAACAAUAAAUUGAAUCGCUAAGCGAUUCGAAAUACUA